AUGAGUUCUACCUAUGGGUGGCUAACUGAAAGUGCAUUAGCAAUCGAACGGCCUAUCCCCAUUCGCGGGGUUUCUCAGCAGUCUCAACUUCGCCUGUCAUCCAUUGUCAGGAAGCAGCAGGAGAGUCAGCAACAGCGAGUAGAUGCGCAAAGACCUGUCUUUGUUGAGGCCGCUAAAGAAGGUAGAGUAUUUACGCAUGACGUCCCCUGUUCCCGCAGAUGGACGCGCCCGUCGAAAAAGCCACUGGAUUGGAUUGGGCGACAGUUUGCCGGUAGGAAUGACGGCGUUGCCUUGAGAGAUGCUGCAGACGAACGUGACCGAAUAAGCCACACGCCGGACAUCAAUGCUGUAUCGGCUCACCUGGAAAGGAAAGCAAAGCUCUAUGAUCGACUAGUGGGUGGGCUGGAUCAUAGUGCAUCCGCAUUGCAACUGCUUCAAUUAAAUCAAAAACGCCGCGUUGUCCAAAGAGACACCCCAGUGGUGGGACCAACUGGCCCGCUCCUUUCGACCGAAGCUCUCGCUGCGCUCCUGAACUUUUCCGAAGGUUCUGACGUCUGCCAAGACAACGAGAAGUAA